UCGAUCCCUUUUGAGGGUAUACAGCUUAGAGAUGGUAGAGCUGCUUCUAGGUAUGCGAGAACAAGAACUAGAGGGAAGAAAGUCACGCGCAGUGGGUUAUGUUAGGCACGUCGGAAUUUCUCAACUCCUUGUGUGAUGAAGAUGGAAGUUUAGAUCGGAGAGAUAAUAGCACCUUGAAAUUUUCCAUAGUAUUUCACACUACCAUUUUGCAACACCUGAUACAUAUUCAAGAUAGCAAAUCAUAUGGUCGACUCCAUAAUCACCCUCUGAAGCUCCCCGGACUCAAUGGUGGCCUUCGGCCAAGCGCCGCUGGAGACCAUCGCGCUAAGCGCCGGUUCUUGAUCUACGCAGUCUCUCGGCUGACUGUUCUUGAUCCGUACGAGGACUGCUUCCCCAGGACUAUGCAUAGCGUAUGCGAGAGAUUUUCAGGGACCUGAUAGCCGAGUCACGUGACGCCGGCGCUUGCCUGUUUCAACUCCCAGUUUCAGAUCCAUCCUCCCAACUCUGCAUGCUUCAGACUUCCGUUUCAGCUUGGCGAUGCGAAGCUUUCCCAUAUGCUUCACCGCCAAGCACUUUUCUAGGCUCCGGAUGGCGUAUUGGGUGCUUGGUCUCCUCGCGCCCUCAGGCCUGCCGCGCGUCAUCACGCUCCCAAACUUUUAACGUCUCUUCCUCAUCCGCUCAGAACUCAAGGGGUAUGCACACAGCACCAUGGCCCGGGCGUCCAAUGCGGCGCAUCAUCCCGAUCGCGAUAGAAAUCCCACACAUGCACCGCCUCAUCGCUAACCUUCCUCCCCGCCGCCGCCUCGGUCGCGUUGGAGACCCAGAACGCGGUUGCGCCGUUGUCGGCACAGUUCCAGAAGGUGCCGUCGCCCGCUUCGGCGGAGAGCAGCGUCGUACCGCAGGAUUCGCCGGCGCUGGUAGGGGACGUGGAGGUGGAGGUGGAGGCGAAGGAGCGGCAUUGGGACGCGUCGGUGGUCCAUUGGCCGAUGGAGGUUGCGCAGCCGAGGUAGGCGUUUUUGGAGUCAUAGAGGGCGAGUUGGACGGUUGGUGAGGGGUGCGCGUGGAAGGGGAUUUGGGCGGGUGGAGGGAGGGGAGAUGCGAGGGCGCAGGCGGCGAGGGCGAGGAGGGUGAGGGAUUUCAUCAUGAUGGAUUUAGGAGCUGUGAGCGGGGUGGGAUUUGGAGGUGGAGAGAGGUUGUUAUUAUAGAAGGAGUAUAGGCAGUACGCU